CCGUUUUGGGGGUUGUUGACACAGCCACAGAGAGCACUGGACACUGAGGUCCACAGCUGCAGCAGCUCAUUAGUUCCUUCAGCCAUGGGAUAAGUACUCCUGACAACACAGUGUGAGACAGAACACACACUGAUCACUGCAUGUAGGUGCAUUAGACUCCACCCACUUUUACAGUGAUGUCAUCAAACAUGUGCACACGCCUCCUGUUCCGGCUCGGCCAAUCGAGUCGAGCGGUUUUCUCCACUGGUCUUCACGCUCGUCCCGACUGCCAUUCCAGCACGAGGCUCGUUUGGGUGCGGUUCUGCUCAUCUCGGGGAAGGAGGUCAGACCGGGACUCGAGUCAGGACAGAGAACAUGGACUCUCUUCUGCUGGACGUGAGCUGAACUUCCAGCUGAGCCGGCUGCAGGUGGACGCCAUGCUGCGUGGUAACGAGCAGUCUGUGCGAAUUCCUGAGUUUGAUGGACGUGGUGGUCUGAGUCCCGUGCUGAAGUUUGAGAGCAAUCAGCUUGCUGCUAAUUCUCCUCUGGAGGACAGACGCAGCAGCGCCACCUGCUUGCGGACACGGGGAAUGCUGUUUGGAGUUUUUGACGGUCAUGGCGGUCAUGCGUGCGCUCAGGUGGUCAGUGAGCGUCUGCCUUAUUAUGUCGCCGUGGCGAUGAUGCCAGAGUCCAGCCUGGAGGAUCUGGAGGCUUCGAUGGAGACGUUACGGCCGGUACCGCCGAUUCUGCAGUGGUACAAACACCACAAUGACCACAACUACCGUGAGUCCGCUGCUCUGUAUGUCAAUCACUUGCGUGUCUUCUGGCAAGAGCUGCUCGCCAGCGAAGAGCACGGAGACGGGAUGAAGCCUAGCGACGCCCUCAGCUAUGCUUUCCAGCGCCUGGACGCGGAUCUAUCACUGGAGGCUCAGGUCCCGUUAGCGAGCGAUCUAAUGCGGAACACGGCGGUCCAGGCGGCUUUCGCAGGGUGCACGGCUUGUGUCGCUCAUGUUGGACCCGAAGGCGUUUAUGUAGCGAACGCUGGAGAUUGUCGAGCCGUGCUCGGAGUUCAGGAAAGCGAUGGGAGCUGGAGCGCGCUGCCUCUUACUCAGGAUCACAAUACGAGCAACUCGGUCGAAGUGGAGCGAGUGCUCUCUCAGCACCCGUCUAGCGAGCGGCAGACGGUUAUGGUGGACGACAGGCUGCUCGGCGUGUUGAUGCCGCUGCGAGCUUUUGGAGACGUUCGGUUUAAAUGGAGCCGCGAGCUGCAGCAGAGCGUGUUAGAAAACGGAGGCUGUGAUUCAGAGGCGCUGAAUCUUUAUCAAUACACACCACCCAAUUACCUCACGCCACCAUACCUGGAGGCCACGCCCGAGGUCACUUAUCACCGUCUGCGCCCGCAGGACCACUUCCUGAUCCUGGCAUCGGACGGUCUGUGGGACGAAAUGGAUAGUGAGGAGGCGGUCCGGCUGGUGGCGGAACAUUUAACUGGCAUCCACCUGCAGGCUCCGGUCUCGGCCAGUCAGCGCCAGCUCAGCCUGGGACAGAUGCACCAGCUAUUGCUGCAGCGCCAGGCCCGUGCCACGCCCGCACUCGACCUGAACGCAGCUACGCACCUGAUUCGCCACGCUCUUGGGACAAAUGAGUACGGAGAGAUGGACCAGGAGAGACUGGCAGCCAUGUUGGCACUCCCAGAUGACCUGGCACGCAUGUACCGCGAUGACAUCACCGUCACUGUAGUUUAUUUCAACUCUAGUCUUAACAAAACCUCACGGAAUAAUUUGUGACAAUUCUCUGUAAACAAACCUGUAUCUCUGAUAAACACUGAAGAAGAACAAACACUGAGACGUUCAGCCUGGUUUUGAGCACGAUGAAUGAAGUUAUAUGAAAUUAAAGAAUAUGAAAUUAAAACUUGAGACGUGUAGAGAAUGAAGUUUUAAUUGCAUAAUGGGAAUGAAGACCAAAAUUAGUGAGAGUUGAGAUUCACAGCCCUGUAUGUUGAGAUUAUUUUCUUGAUACUUGCCUUUUUAUCACAUUUUCAUGAUAUUAUAACAAUGAAGAAAUGACGCACAUUUUUAACAGUAAAUGAACCUCUGCAUCUCGUUAGUGAGUCGCUUCAUCACGACGCCGCUUCCAGCGUGCUGCACGUGUGAAAUUUGUUUACCCGCAGUUGCUCACAAGCUUCUCGGAUUACCUGUUUUUUUUUAAAAGUGCCAGAUUUUAAUCUCAGGUUCAUAAAAACUAUGCAGAAAAACCCCACUGCCCUUGAUAACAAUAUAUUGUGGGUUAAAUAUCACAUUGCGAUGUAAGACUGUAUAACUGAUUAUCAGCAUGUGCCGAGUCCGAGUGUACAUUUUAUUUAAUCCGUUAAACUUUUUACUUUAAUUGUCAAGUGAUCACAUAUUUCACACGUGUAUAUUAAAUCCAGUCUUUCUUUCAUACGUUUUCCUCUUGUGAACGCUUGUCAGUUUGGAUGUACGUGUACCUGUUUUAAAGAAAAAAACUUUUGUUGAGUUUCUUCUUCCUUUUUCUUGUUUUGUGUUGCUGCUAAUUUUCCAGUGGAACACACUACAUACAGCGGAUAUGACAUUAUUAAGAAAUGUUUACAUGGUUCUGUAUUCUCUAAAUGUGUUUAAUUACUCGUUUAUGUUCAGUAUAACUUGAACAAUCUUUGUGUGUCUUCACCAAUCUUUUUCUUUUUCAUUUUAAUUCUCUUUCGUCCACUGGAUGUUUUCUAUGACGCUGUUUUGAUGUUGUACUUUAGUGGAAGCUCGAUCUGUAAAACCCAGCUGUAAAACUCUGAGUUCAGGAGUAAAACGCUGGUUAUGUGUUGGUCAUUAGAUACGGCACAUAGUUAUUAUCCAGUUAGUAUACGUCUUGUAGUUAUUAACCAGGUCAUGUUUUAUGCUGUGAACUUAAUUCUGUUUUUCCCCUGUUAUUUAUGACUGCAUUUCCUUUUUGAAAAGUUAACCAGCCAUAAUGUAUAAAGCCAGGAAUAAUUAAAGGGUAUGAAUAACAUUUCAAA